AUGGUUAUCGUUCUUUUACAGAAUGCGUUUAUGUUCAUGGCGGACGAAAGAAACAAGCUUUUCGAUGAUCUGACGUUGAAACAUGCAUCCAUUGGAAGGCUUCUGACCCAAUGCGAGGGUAUGCUUUUCAACUCUGCCACUGGAAAACAUCCCAAGAUGGCUUCCAUGUACCAGUACUGGGAAAAACGAAUCUUUGAUACCAUUUACGAAAUGACCUUAAGGAACUUGAAUCAGUAUCUCAACUUCUUGCAAUCCGCGGUUGAACCUGUUUUCUCCGUCGAUCUAAUACUAUCGGGCACCGAUGUUGUGGGGAAUCCCCAACCAACUGAGUUUUAUAGGCUGGCUACACAAGACGUCAGAGACGCAGUGAAAGUUACCAGGGUCUUUAUUCGAUGGCAACGCAGCACUUGCAUCUUCACCCCGGCAGUGAAGACUCCCGAUCAUGUCUCACUGUUUCACUUCAACUUUUUCCAGGAUAUUUCAAAAUCUCAAGUCAUUCUUUCGGUCGUACAGCAAAUAGAUCGUGUCUACGCUAAUGCGGCUGAAUCGCUCAAGCGCUACCAGGACAAGUUUCGCCGAUACAAAUACCUCUUUAACACAAAUAAGGUGAUGCCUAUUUCAAAUACUGCUCUGGAUUACUGCCAGUUCUCGCUCUCUGUUUUGGGGCAAUUUUUUGCCUUUUUGACUCAACCAUGUUGUUCCCCCACUAUUCGUGGCGAUAGCCCCAUCGAGCAGACAAGUCAAGUCGAGAAAUGGAUGAGCCCAGGUCGGACUAUCAUCCAAAUUCACGAGAAGAUACUCGAGUUCACCACAAAACUAGAUGAAGUUCUGGAGAACACCGGUGACGUGCCCAUGGGCUUCUAUGUGCUACGCAUGGAAAGCUUGCAGCAUAGCAUCAGGUGCCAGUCUGUCAAGUGGGUCUCAGCCCACGGGGAGCACCUGCGCGAUCGCGCACAUAACUUGCUUAAAGGUCUGCAGGAGAUGUUACUUCAUCUGACAGCUCAGUUACGAUCGCGUCCAAAGCAACUCGACCAGCUGAAGGCCGUUCUACAAACAAUCAAGUAUGUACAAGACAGCACCUUGGAAGUGGAAGAGAAGUUGAUCGACAUAGAUGAGUGCCAUCGCCUUCUGCGUCUGCAUGGUCUGUCAGUGACCGCGGCAGAGCUCGAGGAGGCUGGCAGUGUAAGUCAGGGUUGGCUGCAUCUAGUCCAGCUGGCGAGCUCCACAACGCGUCAUUUGAUGCCCACGAAGCAGAAUUUUGUUGUUCGAAUCCAGCGCGAGGUUGCCCAAUUCACUCAGAAGAUCGCAGCGUUUGCUGAACGGUUUGCGACCUGCGGUCCCGGUUCGGUUGGUGAGGAUCUUGACAAGGGCUUGGAUCUCCUGAAGCAAUAUCAAGAAGAAAUACAACAACUAGAAGGUGAAAGGCAUGAGCUCCUAUCUGCCGAAAAACUGCUAGAUUUGCCAAUCUCAACCUACGCCCAACUCACGAGGAUCUUCCAUGAAAUGGAUUCACUUGAGAGGCUCUACCGCAUUUACGGAGACCAGAAGGAGGAAAGAGCCAUUUGGUCGAGUACUCUCUGGAAUCAGGCGGACUUUAAAGUUCUAAGUGAAGGUAUCGAAGGUUACCUGAGGGCCCUACGAAGGCUUCCCAAGGAGGUGCGUUCUACGCCCGUGGGCUGCACAUUAGGCAACCACAUGCGAGCAUUUCGGGACUCAUUGCCUCUGUUUGCCAAUCUGAAACAUGAGGCGCUACGACCCCGACACUGGGCCAUGCUUAUGGAGCGUACGGGUCAUAAGUUCGCUGGGAGUCCGGAGAACUUCACCUUGGGAAAUAUUUUCUCCAUGGAGCUCCACCGUUAUGAGGCCACCAUAAAUGAAGUUUUGGGGAUCGCAAUGAAGGAGUUCUCGCUGGAAAAGGGUGUUGUGGAAAUUGAGGAGCUAUGGCAGUCACUGUUAUUAAACGUGAAAGACUACAUGAAGGGCGAGCAGAAUCGUGGACUCCUGCUGAGUGGUGUUGAUGAGAUUAUGCAACUACUGGAUGACAAUGCCCUCAGUCUGCAGUCUAUGAACGCCAGCCGCUUUGUCAGGCCCUUUCUCGACAGGGUGCAGAGCCUGGACAAGAGCCUCAGUCUCAUCAGCGAGGUGCUGGAGACCUGGAUGAUGGUGCAACGCAAAUGGAUGUACAUGGAGGGCAUCUUUGUCGGCGGAGAUAUUCGGACGCAGCUGCCAGAAGAGGCCCAGCGAUUUGACGGCUAUGACAAGAAAUUCAGACAGGCAUGCAUAAACAAUUGCUGGGCGUUAAAAGCAUUCUCAAAACCCACUGUCGCCUUCCCCAGAAUAGUGGUGUUCCUGAUCAUGCACGAAACGGCUAAAGAACCGGGAGUUCGCAACUGUUGUCUCCGACCAGACCGCCUUACCGAUCUCAAGUAUAUCGCAAGCGGUCUGGAGGCGUGCCAGAAAUCCUUGAGUCACUAUCUUCAGGCCAAGCGAAAUGUCUUUCCUCGCUUCUUCUUCAUUUCUGAUGACGAACUACUUGGUGUUUUGGGGUCUGGCAGACAUGACUGUGCUCAGCAACACAUGAUAAAGAUGUUUGACAACAUUUCACACUUGAACUUUGUGCAAGGAGACAAAAAUAAGAUGUAUGCCACAACCAUGUGCUCCACCGAGGGCGAAGAGUUACAGUUCUCGGAAAACGUGCUUGCCGAUGGUCGAGUAGAGAAUUGGCUUACUGAAGUGGAAGAUGCCAUGAAAAACAGUAAUCGACGCGUAACCAAAGAAGCGGUGGCCAACUAUCGUCACAACAAGUCGAGAAUUCUUUCGGCAUCCAUUAACCUGCUUUUGCUUCAGCUGGAGCAGUUUCACGCAACUGAUCCGCUCAAUAACACGCUAUUUCUGCUUACUCCUUCCCCAUGCAGAGUGGACUGGAUGCUAGACUACCAGGGCAUGAUAAUCCAGGCAGCUAGUCAAAUCUGGUCGACUUGGGAGGUUGAAGAUGUCUUUAAGCAAAUGAGCUCCGGUGGCAAGUUGGCUAUGAAGCACUAUGGGCAGCAGCUGCACCAACAGCUGAAUGAAGUAGUUGCUCGGGUGCGCGGCGAACUGACCAAAAAUGACCGAACCAAGCUAACCACCAUGCUCAUCAUUGACGUACAUCUGAGAGAUAUCGUGGACGGUUUCAUUCGUGACAGCAUUAUGGAAGCAACAGACUUCGAGUGGGAAUCCCAGUUGAGAUUCUAUUGGGUGCAUAGCCUGGACGACUUAAAGGUCUACCAGUGCAACGGUUUGUUCGACUACGGCUACGAGUACAUGGGACUAAGUGGACGUCUAGUGAUUACGCCAUUGACCGACCGCAUCUACCUAACACUGACCCAAGCUCUCUCAAUGUACAUGGGUGGUGCUCCAGCUGGACCCGCCGGUACAGGCAAGACAGAAACUGUGAAGGAUUUGGCGAAAGCGUUGGGCCUUUUCUGUCUAGUGACAAACUGUGGAGAGAGUAUGGACUAUCGAACUGUAGGCAAAAUCUUCUCUGGACUCUGCCAAUGCGGGGCUUGGGGCUGCUUCGAUGAGUUCAACCGCAUUGAAGUCUCCGUAUUGUCUGUCAUUUCGACGCAAUUAAAGAUUAUCCAGACAGCACUGAUGCAAAAAGCCAGUGUAUUCAGAUUUGAGGAUGAGGAUAUAAAGUUAAAGAGACAAGUGGGCAUUUUCAUUACCAUGAAUCCCGGCUAUGCCGGCCGGACGGAACUGCCGGAAUCAGUGAAGACCCUGUUUCGUCAGGUGGUUGUUGUCGUGCCAGACAUGCAACUCAUUUGUGAGAUUAUGCUCUUCUCACAGGGAUUUUCCAGUGCUAAGAUACUGGCGAAGAAGAUGACUACCCUUUACAAGCUGGCUGAAGAACAGCUUUCAAAACAAUAUCACUACGACUUUGGUUUACGCGCACUCAAAUCGGUUUUGAUCAUGGCAGGAAAUCUACGGCGUAGUGAGCCCGAUCUCAGCGAAGAAAAUCUCCUCAUGCGGUCAAUGCGUGAUAUGAACUUACCGAAGUUAGUCUACGAUGACGUCCAACUCUUCCUUGACCUCAUCCAGGACCUGUUUCCGGGUGUUCAGUGUCCACGAGUGGGUUACCCCGAAUUUAAUCAGGCGGUUAAGGAGUAUCUGAGAAGAGAGAAUUACGUCAUACUGCCGCAUCAAGUAGACAAGGUUGUCCAGCUGUACGAGACCAUGCACACACGACACACCACCAUGGUUGUCGGCCCCACUAGUGGAGGGAAGACGGUAAUUAUUCAGAGUCUAUGCAGGGCUCAAGAAGCCCUGGGUACUCCGACCAAACUCUUCACAAUGAAUCCGAAAGAUCGGAGUGUAGAAGAACUUUACGGUGUGCUGGAUCCCAACACUAGGGACUGGACUGACGGCCUCUUAUCGAAGAUCUUCAGAGAUAUCAACACAAUUACCGAUCGCAAGGAACAAAUGUAUAUCCUCUUUGAUGGUGACGUUGACGCUCUGUGGGUAGAAAAUAUGAACUCAGUCAUGGAUGACAACCGGUUGCUUACACUGGCCAAUGGAGAACGUCUUCGCUUGCAGGCUCAUUGUGCCUUGUUGUUCGAAGUGGGUGACCUACAAUACGCCUCCCCGGCCACAAUCUCACGCUGCGGUAUGGUGUACGUGGAACCCCGCGAUCUCGGUUACGAACCCUUCUGGAAACGCUGGUUGGCUCGGCGUACAGAU